AUGGAGGCGCUUACGCUAGGACUCCAGGGUCGGGUAGCACUGGUCGCAGCAGCGAGUGCGGGACUCGGUUACUACUGCGCUCUCGCGUUCGCCAGGGCGGGAGCGCGAGUAGCGAUAUUUUCGCGCUCCGCCGAGCGCAUUGAGGCGGCCGCGGAGAAGAUCCGCGGAGAGGUGGGGGGCGCGCAGGUGCUGCCGCUCGUGGCGGACGUUCUCAAGGCGGACGAGCUUCAAGCCGUUGUGGAUGCUACAGUGAAGACUUAUGGUGGGCUGCAAGUGCUUGUGGCGAACAGUGGAGGGCCCCCUCCUGGCACAUUCGAUAGUGUCACAGAGGCACAAUGGCAGGAGGCGUUUCAGGGAACGCUCAUGUCCACCACGCGGCUCGUUCAACAUGCAGUGCCUCACAUGAAGACAGCCUCAUGGGGUCGCAUUGUGGUGAUCACAUCCACAUCGGUCAAGCAGCCCAUCCCUGGGCUGCUUCUCUCCAAUGCCAUGCGCCCUGCUGUCGUUGGCAUGCUCAAGACCCUCUCUCUUGACCUAGCCUGCCACGGCAUCACAGUCAACAAUGUGGCACCAGGCAGCUUUGACACAGCACGGAUCGCCAAUCUUGCCACCAAACGGGCAGAGGCGUGGGGUGUGACGGUGGAAGAGGCUAGGAAGCGCAUGGAGCAGCAAAUUCCCAUGGGAAGGCUGGGCCGGCCAGAGAAAAUGGCGAAUGCGGUCCUGUUCCUGGCUUCAGAGGCUGGGAGUUAUGUCACGGGGCAGACUCUAGUGGUGGACGGAGGGGUGACUGCAGGAUACUAG